AUGUCGAACAACCUUGAUCCUCAAUUCCAGCGGCUUGCGGCCUAUUAUCUUAGACGAGACUUUGGUAUUACGAAGAAUGAUACGAGCACUCUCCAGAUUCAGAGCUCCUCUCAGCCGCCGCCAGUACAGGAUAAUCGAUUACAGACGCCAGGACUAGUACAGCCAGAGACAGCGAAGACGAACACAGCCCUUAGUCCUGACGUCCGAUCAGCCGACCUUGUAGUUACCAAGAUCCUCACUAGGUCGAUAGUCGAAGAUUUGGACAGCACGACAGUUGAACCGUUUUUGCAGCCGUCUGAUCAGACGAAGAGGAACGAGACUGCUGAUACUAAGAGGACCACCGCUGUGGACGAGGCUACCGUCGAUAAGAGGACUACCGCCACGGACGAGGCUACCGUCGAUCAGAGGACUACCGCUGCUAAGAGGAUUGAUAUGAGCGGUCAGACAGUCCUACUAUUCGGUCUGGAAGUAGACUACACUUCUCGGAGGAGCUUGUCAAGGAAGAAGAUUCGGAAGCUACUAAAGAGGACGAGGAAGAUACCGGACAGCCAGGCAGAAUCGAGAGAGUCCUGGGGAGGAAAGAGGAGAGAGAUUCCUGGGGAGGAGAGAAUACUUCAGUCGGAUGACAAGGCUACGAGAGGAAGACUGUGGUGCGUUCGACUGUCUCUGGGGACAGAGACGAACCUAUAG